GCUUAGCGGAUCGUACGCGGUUGUCACUCUGCCGUUCGCUUACUAUCAGUUGUGAAGGCAAGAAGCAGCAAGUAAAAAAAAACAACUGUCCCAGGACGAACCAAGUGUGGGACUUGAAACAAGACACAAUAGUGAAGGUGUGCAGCAGCACGUACGCAAAUAAGUGGUGUCGGUGUGACGGCAAGUCAAAGGUUAGCAAGCCACAGUGGAAAUAAACACAACAUCGGAAGAAGCACUAUACCAGACCGACGGUGCAAGAAUAGGUGCAUGUGGCCCAGUGAGGUGGUAGUGGUUGGAAAGUGUAAUCACGUUAGGAAAUGGUCGUCGGUCGGCCGUGGUCGAGUGCUCGACGGAAAGGUGAACAACGCGGUGGACGGCUGGAUUGAAUUGUUGCUUCUUUAGCCGGUCGAAAAGAAAAAUAAAACGUGUCGUGGUGUCGUCGUGUCCGCUGCGGGUAUAUUAUGGGGAAAAUGUGAAGCGCACAUCCGCAUUGCAGAACUCGACUCGGAGUAGCUGAUGAUGGUAAACGUGUCCAUUUGCUCAUCGACCUGAACCUGAACUUUUGUGGUUGAUCGACCGCAGCAGUAGCAGCAGCAGAAACGUUAACGAAUCUACCUCAUCCAAGAAACCUGCGGGAUUGCAUCAGGGAGUAAAGCAAGGAUUGCUUCGACAUAUACUGCAUUUGGAUUGAAAGUGUGCCAUUUUGUUCGUACCGCUGUCCGUAUGUGCAUGUGUGUUUGUGUGCUUUAACAAUAUUACAUCCCCUGCAGGGGGGGUAAAACAAGCCGGCGACUACUCACCCUCCGCAGCAUCUGACACACACCCGAAAGAUCACUGUGUUGUGUUGCGCAGUUUUUAGCACACUUGAUCGUGUGGCUACGGACAAUACACUGCAUUGACGGCAAAAGAUCGCGAUCAUUAACCAUAGGCGCGAACGCCCUUUUAGAUACGGGAACAGAUUUUGGACGACGUACAUUUGGUGGUAAUCCCGUGUGUCCGGACGCGUGUAUAGCUGACUGACGUCACGUCAACGAAGCGGACAACGCACAGAAGAAGUACCUCUGCUUCUUGAGCUGCGGUUUGAAGAGCACGAUUUGGGCUUGGUUGCGUGCGGUGUAGCUGUUGGGAUACAACACAAUUGGAUUUUGGAGAGGACAGCGCACAACAGCACAGAAAAAAUACCCCCAGUGGUUCGAUCAACGCAUAGCCCUCUUGGGGAGAGAGAAGAAGAAGAAAAUACAAACAGGCAAACAGUUGCUGCCGCCACCAUGCUGAACCUCGAAACGGGCGAAAUGGAGUACGCUACGGUCGGCGGGUACGACCGGGAACGUAUCUACCUCGACAAGGAGACGGGCGAAGUGAGCAGCGAUCCAACAGAGCCGGCCGGUUCGCGGCGGCGGCGGUCCAAGUUUCACAUCCCGAAGCAGUACCUUCGCAACCAGUGCGGCAUCAUUGCGCGGCGUCCGCCACCGGUACCGGGUGUGCCGAGCGUUGGCUGUGCCAUGAUGGCGUGCAAGCAAAAAAUGAUACCGAUGAUGAAGGAGGAGAUAACGGUCGGCUAUAAUGGUACCGCCGCACAUCUGCUCUUCCUACUGCCGCUGCUGUUUAUGACGCCGAAACUGUUCGCGCUGGUUAUCACGUUCGUCGAAGCGAUGCUGCACAUGUGGGCUCACCGGAAGAACAGCACCAACGCCAAUCCGGACGUUUACUACCGCAGCCCGAUGCACGUGGUGACGCGCAACUUUUGCGAAAUUUGUCGCCACGAACGUUUGAUGGGUCGGGUCGGUAAGCUGCAGGACGUGCGGAUGAAGCAGAUGCAAAACUACUUCCGGAAGGUUACGCGAAACAUUGCCUAAAUGCAGAUGAUGAUGAACCCCCCCUCCGAUAGCUGUGUUACUUUCGCCUGUCACCCGACGAUCACGAUCGGCACGGGAUUUUCCUUUUUUUGGAGGAAAGCAAACAAAAAAAAUGCAAAAGAAAAGAUUGCUACUGACAGCGAAUGCGUUUGUUUCCAAUUGAUUCGUUUUGUUUUGUUUUUUUUUUUCUAUACCAUCU